CUUACUCCUCCAAUCAGUUGCGGGGCUACUGAAGAUUUCGGUAACACUGUAUUUUCGCAUCAUCAAGCCACUGAUCCGACUCUUUCAAUCUUGUCAUCGCUGCUUUGGUAGAAGCAUUUUGAUCAUUGAACAAUGUCUGCGGUUUCUCCUAUUCCGAGUGAGACGUACAAGCUAGGGUUCAUCGGAGCUGGUAAGAUGGCGGAGAGUAUAGCCAGGGGCGUUGUCAAAUCCGGUGUUCUCCCCGCUUCACGUAUUAAGACAGCUCACAAAGGCGCUCGCCGCGCCGCUUUCGAGUCCUUCGGUGUCGGUGUUGCUGAACACAACAACCAGGUUGUUGAAAACAGUGAUGUGGUGAUUUUCUCUGUGAAGCCACAAGUUGUUAAAGAUGCUGUGUUGCAACUGAGGCCUCUCCUAUCUGAGAAAAAGCUUCUGGUGUCUGUAGUUGCUGGUGUCAAAUUAAAAGAUCUUCAGGAAUGGGCUGGUCAUGAUCGAUUUAUUAGGGUUAUGCCAAAUACCCCUGCUGCUGUAGGUGAAGGAGCAUCUGUUAUGAGCAUGGGAGCAGGAGCAACACAAGAAGAUGGUGAAAUAAUUGCAAAGUUAUUUGGAGCAGUUGGUAAGAUAUGGAAAGCUGAUGAGAAACUCUUUGAUGCAGUCACAGGCUUGAGUGGCAGUGGGCCAGCUUAUAUAUUUCUGGUCAUAGAAGCCUUGGCAGAUGGUGCUGUUGCUGCAGGUCUACCACGGGAACUUGCUCUUAAUUUAGCCUCUCAAACGGUUUUGGGGGCAGCGAGUAUGGCUAGGGAGACAGGGAGGCAUCCAGGUCAGCUGAAAGACGAUGUGACAUCGCCAGGUGGCACGACAAUUGCUGGGAUUCAUGAGCUGGAGAAGUCGGGAUUCCGUGGGAUUUUAAUGAAUGCGGUUGUUGCUGCUGCAAAGCGUAGCCGUGAGCUUUCACAAAAUUAGUUUUUUAUUUUUUUAUUUUUUUAUUUCGUGGUAGAAACAUAUUAUGCAUAAUUAAUGAAUUAACGGACGUUGCUAUUUUGAGGGAUUGAAUAAAGAUUGGCCUUUAGUAUUAGUUCAUGAUGGAUGUCCAUGCUUUCUGGUAGGGG